AUGGCCGGACUUAAAGCAAAGAAGCUCUCUCUGUUGUCCCAGAGCAGCCAGGAAGAUUUUUCCAAGGAACGCCAAAGCCUCCUCAUGCGCGAACUCGAGCUACUACUGGACCUAAACCCGAGAGCAUUGAAUUCAUGCCUUCUAGCCCUCCCAAGAGAGCUCCGAGACCACGUACUCGGAUAUGUUCUACCUGACACAGCAGAGGAAAACCGGCCGGAACUUCAUACUUGCCUUUGGGGAGCAGAUAUGGUGCACGAGCCAUGGCGCCACGACAUCUUCGGAUAUGCAACUUCAGUACCGAAAGAGGACCGCUUGCACCCAUGGCUCCUUCUUAUCAAUCGACAAUUGCAUGACGAAUUCUUGGACAUUUACUUUCGAAGGAGCAAACUGACACUUCACGCAGAGUUGCGAAACUCACGGGAGAACAAUUGGCAUUUUAACUAUUCCCCUCAUGUUCUACAACUCCCGAUGUUGAAGUUUGUAACCCAUGUGCGUCUCUACACGGAGUGGAACUACAUCAUCACAAAGAAUGAUCGAAUCAAGGACCAGGUUCGAAUGACCAAUGACCUUAUGCAAGCAAUGGAUAAGCUUUUGGCGCCACUUCAAGCAGUUGAGACUAUUGAGUUGUCCGUGCUCUUCUUUUGGAGAUACCGUUCAGGGAAAUACUACAAUCUAUCAAUGCGGGAUUUGUUUGAUCUUGAGGACGUCUUCAAGCGGCACGCUGAGAAUCGAUGGCUUCAGAUCUUGCGGACCAACAAAUAUACUGUGGAUUCUCCAAAUCCUUCAGCUGGAGUUGGUUAUAAGCUCUCAUCGGAAAGGAAAGGGACAGACCAGAGCGGUGCGAUGGAUAUCUUCGUGUCCCAGAACCUGGAGGAUGCUAUGCGCUACCGACGGCAUAGUAAUGUUGAUUUCUACGGCAACUAUGGAAUAUCCGAUCCAUUGCCGCAGCCAUCGUUCAGGCAUGGAGCUAUGAUAUGA